AUAUAACAAGUGCCAUAUAUUAUUAGUAAACUGAGAAGUCAACAAACAAUUUUUUUGUUCUAUUGAAUGUGCUUAGUGGUUUCCACAACAAAAUGAAGACAAUUGCAGUAAUAUUUGUUAUUACUUGUAUAGUAUUACAAGUCCAAUCAGCUAGUAAAUACAAUAAGGAUGGUGAGGACAAUCCGUAUGAGUUUGGCUUCACUAUUGAUGGUCAGCAACAUCGUCACGAGAAGAAAGACGCGAAUGGAAUCAUCCAAGGAGAAUUCGGAUUCAUCACCGCCGAUGGGGUGUACCAUGUAACAGUUUACGCAACCGAUGAAAACGGCAGCUUUAGAAUAUUGAGCAUGAAAAAUAUUAAGCUGAGUCCACCUUUGGAUGGACCCGACGUAAAAUUACCAAAUACCAAUCAAUUCAGCAAGGAUACACCGAAACAAGUUGCGCAACCGAAACCACUUACCGUUGCGCAACCACUUCCGUUGGCCAUAGACCCGGCACCUGCACCAAUCCAAGCGUUGACAACCCCCAAAUCUCUGGAAUUCACCACAUUACCCACGGUCGGACCCGCUUGCGCCGGAUGCGGUUACGUGACAACGCAAAAGAGCAUCGACGGAAAACUUCCUUUCCAGACUCAGGCUUUCCUGAACCCUAAACCGGGCACGGUCGUCAUCGGAGAUAAACCUGUAGGCAACACAAACAGCAAACCCGGAAGUCAAUUUGGAACGCCAUCUGUGAACGUAAACGCUCCAUUUGUCUCUAAACCUGCAAGCCCAUCCACUGGUAACACUGCUCACACAAAUGUAGGAACAAACGGAAAUUCAGAGUCCUCCGGAUUCGGUAACAAUGGAUUUGGUCAAACCUCUGGUGGUCAAUUUGGAACGCCACCUGUGAACGGAAACACUCCAUUUAUUUCUAAACCUGCAAGCCCAUCCUCUGGUAACACAGCUCACACAAAUGUAGGAACAAACGGAAAUGUCAAUGCUAACGCUCCAUUUGUAUCCAACCAAGGAAAUGUUAACUCUGGAAUUCCUCAGCACGUUUCCGGAAACGCACCAUUCGUUUCUAAACCCGCUUCCGAAACAGGAUUCGCCCAAACUCCUGGAGCUCCACAAAACUUCGCUAAACCAGCAAAUAGUGAUGCUCCAUUUGUUUCUUCACCAAACGCUUUAGCAAUUCCUGCUGGCCCUGCUGGCCCUGCUGCUAACGCCAAUCCUUUGGCAAUCCCAUCUGCAAACUCACCAUUAGAUCCAAGCAAUCCGUCAGGCAUUACCGUAGCUGGCAACGAAAUCCUUAUCCCCAAUAAUCCAUCCAUCAAGAUUCAAGAUAAAUACCCGAAUAUGGUUGACGGUUUACCAUCAGGCAUCUCGAAAGACGACAUCACCGAUAUUCUUUACAAGUUCAAUUACACCAUCGGUUUCCACGGUCACUACGAAAAGGGUUACAAGAACGGCGCCAAAGUUGGUGGUUACUUCGUGAACGAUAGGGAUGGAGUUAGCAGAGUUGUUACGUAUGUUGCCGACGAGAACGGAUACAGGCCUAAAGUGAAAUUCAUCAGGCUCGACUUGAAUUCCGAUCUCGUACCCAAGGAAGGCACCGAGAAGACGUUCGGAUUGAAGAGCUUCGAAUUCGUCUGGUACCCCAUCAAUUGAUUCUAGCUUUAAGUUAUUUAUGAUAUUUAAAUGUAAAGUAUGGUAUAUUUUACCUAUAAAAUUACCUUUUUAAUUUUUGGAAAUUGCAU